AUGUCGUGUCGAGAGUUGCACUGGUCGUGGUACAGGAUGAAAGAGAGGCGCCGGCAUGUGGGGAUGCCCGUCACGUGCUUACUUGCUUUCUUACCAUCACCAUCUCAAAUGGCCACCGAUGACAAGAAAUCAGCUCUACCGAAGGACUUCAUGAAGAAAUGCUGCGAGGAAGACCCCAAGUUUGCCUUUGAGCAAGAUGCUUCCCUUUAUCACGCUUGCUUCAAGUCUGCUACAGCUCCAGGUCCCUAUGGACGGAAAGCAUCUUCGUAUUUCCACAAACAAGGUAUCAAGGAAUGCAAUGAACGUCUGGAAAGAUGGACGACGGAGAAGGUGCGUGCUGGUACUGCGAAGGAACGGGCGGAUGAUACGCUGGAGUAUGGGCUACGGCUAGCUUCAGGUGCACGCGUGUCGUUCAACGAAGACGCCGCCUACGACAUCUUCACCAAGCUCAUCGCCGACGAUGCCCAGCCCGCCUCCGCGCGAGCAAUCGCCGCCAACCUCGCCUGCACGAUUCUCAAACGCAAGCUCCUACCCUCAGAAAAGCAGCCCUCAGCGGACAAGUUCGACUUGGGCAAAGCUUUCGCGCUGAUGGAGAUCAGCGCCAUGUUCGGGCUCUUUGCGUGGUGCGGGCUGCACCUCAUCCAGCUGUGCGAGCGUCAAGGUGACGCACCGAAUUGGGAGCGGAUCGCCAUGCCUCAUCUGCGGAAGGCAUACGAUACUUUCCGCGAGGAGACGGGUACACAGCGCAUGAUCUUCGAUUUGUGCUCGGUGUGCAAUAGGGCGCCUCCACCAAGGGUCAAGAUGAAGAGGUGCAGCGGUCAUUGUCCAGAGGACAAGAAACCUCUUUAUUGUGGACGCGCGUGUCAGAAGGUGGACUGGCCAAAACAUCGCAAAUGGUACAAACCAGAGGAAAGUAGCUCGGAUAGUGACGAAGAGUGGACAACAGACUCGGAUCGCGAGGAUUGGGAGUAUAGUUCGAAAGAUGACCUUUGA